CGGCGGGAAGGGUCGGUUGUGGGUAGACAGUUUGCGCGGGUGGAUGCACGCGAGCGUUAUCACCACCGUAUCAACAUGAAGCCUGGUGCAUGUGUUUAUCUCAGGAUUGUUUUGACAGCGUGUUGCGUCGUCUGCUGCGCGACGUUCAAUUUAGAAGCGCGUAUUCCAAUCAUAAAGCGAGGUGCCAUUGACUCCUACUUCGGAUAUUCUGUCGCGGAGCAUCAGGUUAUAAACGAAGCAACCGGUGUCAUAGAGGAGAAUUGGAUACUUGUGGGGGCGCCUCAGGGAGAAAACCUUCAGCCAGGUACCAACCGGUCAGGGGCGCUGUUCAAGUGUCCCAUCAGCACCCGUUCUGAUGACUGCGAGCAGGUCGUCACCGACGGAAAGAGAAACUCAGAUGGGCAGUAUGACUCGUCCAUUGAUUCAACCGAUCUCUUUCCACCACUUAAGGAUGAAAUCAAAGAUGGUCAGUGGCUUGGAGUCACUGUGAGAAGCCAAGGACCUGGUGGGAAAGUCAUGGUGUGUGCACAUCGGUAUAUGAAGAAUGGAACUGACUACCAGUGGGGACAAGGAUUGUGUUACACAUUAUCACAGUACUUGGAUUAUGACAACAGCUGGGAUCCUUGUAAAGGACGGCCAACUAACAAGGCUCAUGAACAGUUUGGAUAUUGUCAAGCUGGCACAAGUGGUCUCCUUCUGGAAGAUGACACAGCUGUGAUUGGCACUCCUGGGCCAUACACAUGGAGAGGAACAAUAUUUGUAAUGAAUAUAUCAGAUGAUUUUCUUAAUCGAGACAAGACGUUUUACUUUGCACCAUUGCAAGACAGUGGAGACAAGGACGAGAUGUCACCUGUUGCCAAAUACAGCUAUCUAGGUAUGUCUGUAGCUGCUGGCAAAUUUUUUGGAGAUAAGAUGUGCUAUGCGGCUGGAGCUCCACGCUCUGAUGGCACUGGUCAAGUUCUCAUUUUCAGCAAAAGACAGCAGUUUGUAAACCCAAUGGCAUUACGACUCAUUUUAAAUGGGGAACAGUUUGCUUCAAGUUUUGGCUAUGAAGUUGCAGCAGCAGAUGUUGAUGGUGACAAACGAGCUGACUUGAUUGUCGGAGCUCCAUUCUACUUUUUUAAAGAAGAUGGAGGAAGAGUGUAUGUGUACACAAAUCUCAGAGAAGACUGUGAAGAUUGCAACAAACCCGUUACACUAACUGGUCAACUUGAAUCUAGGUUUGGUUUUGCUAUUACCAACCUGGGAGAUAUCAACAAAGAUGGUUUUGAUGACAUAGCUGUAGGUGCUCCAUAUGAUGGCAAUGGAGCCGUUUUUGUGUACUUGGGGUCAGAGAAAGGAAUCAUCACAGAGCCAGCACAGGUACUGCGUGCUGAGAGUCUUCCAUCCAACGUUCUGCCUAUGCGCACAUUUGGCUACUCUUUGAGUGGUGGCCUAGACUUGGAUCAGAAUGGAUAUCCUGAUCUGCUGAUAGGUGCUUAUGAGCAAGAUAGCAUUGUACUGCUACGUUCACGGCCUAUUAUUGAUAUUGUUACAACUGUCGAACCUGAACGGAACUUGCGCAGUAUUGACCCUAACCAUCUUGGCUGUAAGCGAUACCCAGAUGCUAACAAUACCUGCUUCACCUUCCGAACAUGUUGUACUAUAAAAUCAUUGGUAAAAAAUUUUAGUCGAGGGACUCAGAGUGUAACACUCAAUUAUGCUAUAGAAGCUGAAACAUUUAACAACAGGAAGAAGUUUUCACGUGUGUAUUUUGCCCCUGGGAGUUCCAAAAAAUCAAAUGUAAAGAAGAGACAAAUUGUACUGAAACCAGAUCUGUCCCAUAAGGGUGAUCUCAGACAUUGUGAAGAGGAAACUGUCUUCAUCAAGGAAAAUACACGUGACAUUCAGUCUCCAAUCAGCUUCCGUUUAGCAUAUACUCUUGUACAAAGAGAACCAAGACAAGCAGAAGAAGGUCAGCCACUACCUACAAUUGACAGCUUUCCCAUUCUGAAUCAACAAGAGGCUUCAAAAGUGAUUCAUGCAACAUUUCAAAAGGAUUGUGGUGACAAUGAUAUCUGUGAGAGUGAACUUGUUGUGGAUGCAAGACCAGUUCUCACACAAGGGGAAUCAGGUGCAUGGGACUUAACCCUUGGGCGAGAUCAGGAGAUGAAGUUAGAUAUACAAGUGAAUAACUACAGGGAAUCUGCUUAUGAGGCACAACUGUUUAUAUCUCACCCUGCAAGUCUCAGCUACAUUGGACACAAAACUGAAAACAAGAAGCUUAUAUGCAGGCCAUACAACAGCACAUUGGUAUCAUGUAGCUUGGGAAACCCUUUCAAGAGAGAUAUGCCUGCAAAAUUGACAGUCCGAUUUGACCCAAGAGGUCUGGAUGAUAUUGAGUCAUUACUUGAAUUUAGGGUAUUUGCAAAUUCUACAUCUACUGAAGUAAACCCACAGGAUCCUCUGAAACUUCACAUUGCUGUCAUCAGAAAGGCAGAGUUAUCAAUAAGAGGAUUGGUACAACCUGACCACAUGUUCUACAGUGGCCCUGUGGUAGGGGAAUCUGCUAUACGUUAUCACGAUGAAGUAGGUUCACGUGUUUUACACUUGUACAAAGUUUACAAUGAAGGUCCCUGGCGAGUAGCACAAGUUGAUGUGCUUGUGGAUUGGCCAAUACAAGUAGCCAAUGAUAAGCCACAAGGAAAGUGGUUACUCUAUCUCAUAGAACCUCCAUCCGUUGAAGCAAUUGGUGGAGGACAGUGCUACAUGGAACCAGAACAAGUUAACCCUUUAGGGCUUGUCCAGAGACCAGGUGUUGAUGAGACACCACUGGAGGCUCUUAUUAUGAUAUCAGACAAUGAAGCCAAUGCAUCUGCCAGUACACGGAGAAAGCGUGAUACUGAAAUGGUUAUCCGCGCAGAACUUCAAACUGAUAAGGAUGGAAGACAGAGACAAAUAGUAACUAUGAGUUGUUCCCAAGGCUCUGCCAAAUGCAUCAGAUUUCGCUGCUCAGUAAGAAACCUGCAGAUGAAACAAGAAGCUGUUAUCAAAAUAAGAUCCAGGCUCUGGAAUUCAACACUGGUUGAAGACUACCCAAAAGUUGACUCUGUGCGAAUACGUUCUCAUGCCAGGAUAGAGCUGCCAGAGAGUCCAGCCAUUCAUCAAAAUACAGCUGAUGAUGAAGCAGAGGCUGAAACAGAAGCUUUCCCAGAUAAACUGGAACAACAAGAGGCAGAAUCUGUACCAGUAUGGAUUAUUAUAGUAGCCAUUGUAGCUGGACUACUGCUACUCAUUCUGCUAACAUUGGUUCUGUGGAAAUUGGGCUUCUUCAAGCGUCGGCGACCUGAUCCAACACUAUCUGGCAAUCUUGAGAAACAUCGUGAUGAAAAUGGUGAUUAUGCAUCAUAGUAAAAGUGUUAUCUAAAGCUGUGAUACCCACAGUAACUGUUGUUGCUGAGGUGGAUCCAUCAUUGCUGAAGCAGAUGCGCUUCUGUCUCUCAGAUGAAGAAGAGAGAAGAAGAGGAAAUGAAGUUAGUGUUGCUGUUGCUGAUGCUGUGCAGACUGUGAUAAAACAUUUUUUAAGCAUGAUUGUGACAGGACACUCAUUGGUGUACACUGUGUGCUUAUAGAGUCCAUUAUUAGGUAAUGGGGCACAAUGAAGACUGUUGCAACAUUUCUUCCUUUGAGGAGAGCAUAAAUUUGUGGAACUGUUAAGCAUGGAAGCAGUUGUCAAAAGACUACAAUAUAUUUAAUUGCCUGCUUCAGUGUUUCAACAGAUCGAUAAAUUGUGUGAAGAAAACUGCUGCACCUAGGAAGUGUGCAAUAUUUUUUUGAUGUACUUUAUAAGUGCUUUUGGAUUACCUUUCUCAGUAAGUGUAUUGGAAACACACUGUUACACUGCUGUUUUGGAACUGAUAUAGUGAAUUUCCUACACACUGUGCACUAAAUGCUGUUUAGGAAAGGGAAAUAUUAGGCACCUGAAUUACAUAUGAACACAAAACAAUUUUCUUAUAAUAAUAACAGUGAGAGUUAAAAAUUUCAAAACUGCAGUUAGAGAGGUAACCAGUAAAUUUUCUAGGUAUACAUUACUUUUUUUUAUGAGGCCUCUAAACUGGAAACUGAAGUUCUCCAGCUUAUUUAAUUAUUCAUCAGUUAGAGGCAUGAAGAUAUCAACCAUGAGCAAAAAAUGCAAUUGAAAUGAUGGUAUGCUGUUUUUACUGUGCCACUGUGUGGCUGUUGUACUGUGAAAGCUCAUAUGUGCCUAAUGAAUCUCACUUUCAAGACUUUUGUAAAGUAAAAAAAGAAUAAUUUGUAUGUAUUAUGUACAUAUGUAUAUGUAAUUUUACUUGUGAAUAUCUUAUUAAAAUUUUGUAAUUAUUGUUUUAAA